AGGAAAGUAGCCAUGAUUCUAUCGUGCAACAGUCAGCAAAUUCAGUUGUUAAAGAGCCUCCUAAUUCUUCUACUUCUUUUGGCCCCUUAGGCGAUAAAGACUUUGAAUUUUCAAAGCUACAAGAAGAGCUUACAUUAAUUGCUGCAGAUUGGAAGGAAAAGGACAGUCAAGAUAUUCGCAGUUUACGGGUAACACUUAGACAAGCUAUUCAAACAGAAAAAACAAGACUUGCAAGAGUUAAUGUUGUGGUUAGUAGCAAUAUCUUAGAUGCAUAUAAAAUAGCACCAAACGCGGGAAUUAGAAAGCAAAAUCGAUACUAA